AUGGAUCAAAAUGCAACAAUCAGUAGAAAAGCUCUUGGACGAGCUUCCCAACUUGGCUAUUUAUAUGAUGCUAGAAAAGAAGAAUUUUGUGGGAUCUCUUUAUUUAAAAACGAAUUACCAACAACAAUAGUUUCAAGCAUAGAUGUACCACACACACAAUUUGAAUAUGACUUUUCAGAUACAUUUGAACAAAAAUUUAAAAAAUUAGAUGUACAAGCGCAAUUGAAAGUAAGCGUACUUGCAGGUUUAUUUAAAUUAGAAGGAUCUGGAAAAUACUUAAGCAAUGAAAAAGAAAGCUAUAAGUCAGUCAAGAGUACUCUGAUUUAUAGUAUAAGAACAAAAGAAGAAAAUUUUAGUAUUUCAAAUGAAAAUUUGAAAAACUUAGUAUCUUACGAUGCACUAAAACUACCAAAUGCAACACAUGUUGUGGUUGGAAUAAAAUGGGGUGCAAACGUGGUUGCUUCGUUUGAAUUUGCGAAUAAAGAAAAUGAUCUGAAAACAGAUAUUGAAGGAGCAUUAAAAGCAAAUAUGGAAAAAAUAUCUUUAUCAAUAUCGGGUAGUGCCUCUGUUCAAUUUACCGAAGAUGAAAAUAGAUUGAAAACAAGUUUAUCAAUCAAGUUCUUUGGAGAUAUCAUUCCUCAAAAUGAAGAACUACCACAAACAUUUGAAAAAGCUCUUGAAUUAAUGAAAAAAGUUCCAUUAUAUUUUCAAAAAUCCAAUAAUGGAAAAGGAAAACCUCUUGAAUAUAUAUUAUAUCCAUUGAAAGAUGUUGAAAGAUUUUUUCAAUUGGAAACAAAAAUUAAUAGAGUUUUAACAAAUUUAAAUCUUGAAACAAUAACACGAAUUGAAAAAGAAUUUGAUGAUUUGUUAUUGGCUAAACAAAAGUUUAAUGAUUUUUACAAUGAAGUAAAUGAAAAUAGUGACUUUAUUGUUCAAACCGAUAUCAAUGAACUUGCAAUGAAGAACAAUCAGAUAAAAGUAACUGAAGCUGCAUUUCGAGAAGAAAUUGCAACAAAAUUAAUAGAAAUAAGAUCUGGUCACAAGACUCCAAUGGAAAUAGAAAACAUAUUAAACAAAUUUUACAAAAAACCUGGCUUUACCACAGAUAUUUUAAUGUUUAUAGAAAAGUAUAAAAAAUUAAAAAAUGCAAUCAAUCAAAUUAAAGUUUUCAAAGAACAAAAUAUUAUUUAUUUGAGUAAAAAUGAUUCACCAGAUGGUCUUCCAAUGAAAUAUAAUGAUAGAGAUAUUUAUUUAUUUUACAUGAAUGAAGAACUAAAAAUAAAACUGAAUGAGCUUUAUGAAGAUAAUUAUAAAUAUUUUUUAGAUUUAGUUCGACAUAUGAAGGAGACGCAAUCAAAAUUUUUUAUCAUUGAUUAUGAUAUACAUCAUGAAGUAAAAACACAAAAAGAAAUAAAAAUUCAUUAUUAUAGAAAUGGAAAACUUAUAACUGAUAAUCUUUAUCAAAAUAAAAAAGAAUCUUUAAACUGGUGUAUUGCAAAAUCACCAUUAAUAUCGAUCAAAUUAAACAGACCAGUUACAACUACAAAACUUUAUAUUCCUUGUGCUGGAAUAAAAUCCAACUGUCCUCGAGACAAAAAAAAUUGGAAAUGCGAAAAAUGUGAAACAUUUAUUGAAUAUGGUUAUGAUAACAAAUUUUAUUGUGGUUGUGGAGGAGCUUUAGCUGAUUCUUAUUUAUUUAAAUGUAGUAGUCCACUACACCCUGAUAAAUUUCUCACAUUCACAAAAGAUGAAUUGGAGCGUUAUUUACCAAGUAAAGAUACAGAAAAUGAAAUUAAUAUUUUACUACUUGGUGAAACAGGUGUUGGAAAAUCAACGUUUAUUAAUGCACUUAUUAAUUAUUUAACUUGUUCUUCACUUGAAGAAGCAGAAAAAGAAGAACUUUUGAUAGGAAUUUUUACACAAUUUACUCUUACAGAUGAUAAUUAUAUGGAACGUAUAAUAAAGAUUGGCAAUGAAGAUAAUGAAAGUAUUAUUGUUGGUCAAUCAUCUACACAAUAUGCAAAAGCACAUGUUUUUCAUAUAGAUGAUUUAACUUUAAGAAUAAUUGAUACACCUGGAAUUGGUGAUACACGUGGAAUUGAAAUGGAUAAACAGAAUUUACAAAAUACACUUUCAUACAUAUCUAAUUAUGGUCAUUUAAACGGUAUAUGUAUUCUAUUGAAACCUAAUAAUGCUAGAUUAGAUUUGGCUUUUCGAUAUUGUAUAAAAGAACUAUUGACAAAUCUUCAUAAAAAGGCUACAGAAAACAUUGUUUUCUGUUUUACAAAUUCUCGUAGUACAUUUUAUAAACCGGGCGAUACAUUACCAGCUUUGAGAACUCUACUGGAGGAUUUAGAAGAACAAUCUGGUGUAUCCAUACCUUUACAAUCAAAUAUAUUUUGUUUUGAUAAUGAAUCAUUUCGGUUUCUUGCAGCAUUAAAACAAGGUGUACAAUUUAAUGAUGAAGAUAAAAGUGACUUUUCUAAAAGUUGGGCUAGAUCAGUUAAAAUGACUGAAAAUAUGAUGAAUUAUAUUUCAAAAUGUCCAACUCAUAAAAUAAAAGAAACUAUUACUUUAAACGAAUCUCGUAAUCUAAUUAUGCAAUUAUCUACGCCAAUAGCACAAAUAUCUCAAAAUAUUCAAUUGAAUAUCAAAUUGGCUCAAGAUCGAAAAAAAGAACUUGCAGCAAAUGAAUUAUCGAUUAACGAAUUGAAAGACAAAUUAAAUAUCCCUCAAGUGGAUCUAGAACCUGUAAGUUUAGAUUAUCCUCGUACCGUUUGUACACAGUCAAAAUGUACAAAAGUUGUUAAAUUUAAAAAUAUUGAAAAAAUUGAUUAUGUCACACAUUGUCAUCCUCAUUGCAAUCUGAAAGAUGUAACGACCGACACAGUUAACAAUUCGGCUUUGCGAGAAUGUGCUGCAAUGGUUAAUGGAAAAUGCACGGUUUGUAAUUGUCCAUGGACAACUCAUAUGCAUAUCACGUAUGAAAAUAAACGUAUAGUCAGAACUGUAAUUGAUGAUAAUGUUCAAAAAAUGAUUUCAGAAAAGAAAAAUAAUUAUGAAUUAAUCUCUGCUUUAAUUGAUAAUUGUGAUUGUUUAAUCAAAGAAUUAAAAGUUGAACAAGAUCUUAUUACGCAAAUUAGUGCAAAAUUUGCAAAUUUUACUCGUCAAAAUGCAAUCGCCGUUUUCAAUGAUGAUCUUGAAGAUUAUCUUGAACAUUUAAUUAGAGAAGAAAAAGAGAAACGUUCCAAAGGUUCUCAAAAUACUUCAGUUAUUGAGGGUUUAGAAAGCAUGAAAAAUAGUUACAAAGAACAACAAAGAAUAUUCGACCAAGCUAUUCAAAAUAACGAACCAUGUGAUGUAGUUGAAUUAAGUCAAAUACCAGAACUAGUUCGUCAAUUAUAUUCAUUAAAACAUAAUGGUGAACAAUUACGACGAAUUGUAAACGAAUUAAAAAGCAGUAAAAGUCGUGCUAUUAAAUUUACGGAAAAAAAACAUGAUAUUAACCGUAAAAAGAGUAAGAACAACGACAAUAUAAUUAUAGCGGGAAUCAAAAAAUUUGGAAAUCUAUUUAAAUCAUAA